AUGGUCACGCCCAAGCCCAGCGCCACUCUCAGCAAGCCCAAGAAGGCUGCCAAAUCGGUCAAGUCCAAGGCGCCAGCCGCCCCGGUGGCCAAGGAGGCCAAGCGCCAGCGGGCUGCCCCGCUGUCGGCAGACGCUCCCGUCAAGAAGAAGAAAAAGGGCGUGAGCAAGAAGGGCGAGGUCGCCGUCGCCGACGCGGCGGCUGCGCCCAGAAAGCGCAAGGCCACCGCCUCUGCAGCCGCCGCUCCUGCCGCCAUCCCCGCCGCCAAGCGGGUCAAGAAGGCCAAGGGAGCGGCGGCGGCGGCGGCGACGGCGGCAGCGCCGGCUGCAGCGGCUGCGUCUGCGGGCGCGAGCUCGAGCGGCGGCGGCGGGAGGCCAAAGCUGGAGCAGCAGCAGGUGAUCCGUGCGAUCGAGGCGCUCUGCACCCACGUCGCGCGGGUCGGCGCCGCCGGCGACGACGGCGAGGGCGGCGGCUCUCUGUUGAGUGGCGACACGCCAAUCAACCUGGUGGUUGCGACCAAGCGGAUGCCCAAGGCGUGCCGUGGCGCCAAGGGCGUGAAGCCCAAGCUGCUGCCUCUGCCGCAUGCGCGCUCGCUCGACGAGACCGAGGUCUGCCUCAUCGUCAAGGACCCGCAGCGCGCCGUCAAGGACGCGUGCGCGGCCGAGGGCGUGACAGCAAAGGUGAUCGGCAUCGACAAGCUGCGGAAGAAGUGCUUCCUCCGCGCGAGGGCAAGGUACGACUUCUUCGCCGCCGACGAAGCCGUCACCCCCCUCCUCCCCAAGCUCCUCGGCAACGGCUUCUACAAGUCGAACAAGCUGCCGCUGCCGAUGCGACUCGGCCGCAAGGAGGGGCUACGCGACGCGCUGCAGCGGGCGGUCGGCGGCGCAAUCGUGCGACCAACCUUUGGCACCUGCUCCACCGUCACCGUCGCCGCGACGUCGAUGUCGCCCGCCGCCGCGGCCGAGAAUGUGCUCGCCGCCGUCGAUGCGGUUGCCGCGCUGCUGCCGGGCAAGUGGGGCAACGUCCAGGCGCUGCACUUGCGCUGCCCCAACUCGGUGGCCCUCCCGAUCUACAACUCGCUCCCCAUGCAGUGA